AUGGAUAUGCAGCACUCAUAUGAUAUUCAAGUAGUAACACAGAAUUAUGAAUUAUUUUCAAUGAUCAAUGGGCAUCUGAUCACAUUCUUAUCCCAUCUUCAGACUAGAAAUUGGAAUAUUUUUGUUAUUUAUUAUUUGAGAGGCCUAUGGUUUGGGUCUUGCGGAACUAUCCCAAAAAGAACAAGGAGCUUCCUCAAGGAACUAGGUGUCGACAUUAAGGAUGUAGCGAGGUUGGCUGAAAAUAUAGUCCUCGACUCCCUGGGAAUCAUUCACCACCACGUGCAUGGCUAG